AUGUUGGGAAUGGGUGGUAUUCAGGUUCCAUCUAAAGGAAGAAACUGCCUGGCUUGCAUCCAUCGCCCACCUUUCACCAGCGGUGCCCGGCCCGUGCGUACCUCUACACUUUCAGUGGUAGCCAGCGUGAAAUGCAGAAAUUUAGAUCUCGUCAAGCGUACAAAAAGUGGCGUGUUGGCCGCGGCUGCGGCAGCGACUAGCGUGGAAGCAGAGGAACACCGGUCGAUACGCCUCAGGAGAAGUAUCGGUUCCUGGUUCUCUGACUUCUUCAAGAAGUGGAAGGAAUCUGACGACGACUACGAUGAGGAGGAGGUGAUUACUGUGCCGGUCAUCCGUCCCAUCUACCAGCCUCCCGUUAAGUCUUACUACCCGCCUCCAGCGCCUCCGAUCAAGCCUUCGUACGGCCCUCCGCUCCUCCCUCCCUCUUCCUACGGACGUGGCCACGUUAAUGGAGGCUUCGGAGGUGGCGGCAGCUUUAACGGAGGUUUCGGAGGUGGUGGUCCCUUUAAGGGAGGAUUUGGAGGGGGCGGAGUAGGCAUCCCCAUACAGGGAGGCUAUGGUGGAGGCGGAGGACAAUUCAAGGGAGGUAUUGGAGGUGGAGGUGGUGGAUUCGGCGGCCCCAUCAAGGGAGGUAUUGGAGGAGGAGGUGGUGGAUUCGGCGGCCCCAUCAAUGGAGGAUUUGGAGGAGGCGGCGGCCACUUCAAAGGAGGCAUUGGAGGAGGUGAUCCCAUCAAGGGAGGCUUCGGAGGUGGUGGAGUCGGAGGUGGCUUCAAAGGAGGCGUUGGAGGUGGUGGCCCCAUUAAGGGAGGCUAUGGAGGGGGUAUAGGAGGCGGUGGUCACUUUAAGGGAGGCCACGGAGGUGGCGGUCACAUUAAGGGGGGACAUUCCAAAGGACUUCCACACGACUUUGGUCCGGUAAAAGACUCGGAUGUGGUUCAUAUUGGAGGAGGCUCCUUCUUGCCACCAGCACUGCCAGCAGGUGGCUACUCUUCUCCUGCUGACAGUUAUGCCGCACCUCCUGCUCCAGUUAACAGUUAUGUCCCUCCAGUCAUUGAUAUCUACGGUCCUCCUAAACCCAUUGAUUCCUAUGCUGCAUUGCCUACAGUUAGUACCUCCUACAGUUCAGUAGGGGUGCCAGUGGCUCCUCUGGGUCCUGGGAAAGACCUAAUCAGCGAGUUUCGUUCCCUUCCCUCCUUCCCUCUUCCCAUGGCAGAGCACGGCUCCUCUUCCUCAUCUUACCUCGAAGGUUUCCACCCAUCACAGCCCCUUGCUGCGGAGCAUGUUGGUGCAACAGGCGCCUUGAUAGGAAAAGAAGUUCGUGCACCGCUACGCCCUCUCUACGACCUUCCCUCUGAUUCAAAGCUCAACCUCGGUGGAUCUGCUCUGCCUCUCGCUGGUGGCUUUGACGCCCUUGGCAGUGGCAAAGGAAGUAUUGGAGAAGGUUUUGGAGCUUCCGUAGGAUUAAAAGACCAACAUUCAUCAUCUACAGCGUCACUGACGUACGGGGCUGAGCUGGGCUACGACGAUCCUAUCAUUGAGAUCAUUUUCCAAGACGGAGAACCAGCACCUCCACCACCUCCACCUGUCAUAGAUCCAGAAGUGUUCGCAUUGCCAGAAGAACCCGUUGAAGUUUAUUUCAUUGAAUACUCCCCAGGAGACAACAUUGAUGACCUUGGUGCUCUGAACUUAGAGGGUGCCAAGCCAGGUAUCUUGCAUGAUUUACCUGAGGAACUGCCCAUUGAUGUUCGCUCUCAUCUGUUGGACUCUGGAGUCCUGGAUAACGCUGAGAUCCAAGUUAUUAAUUUAGAUGACGCCUUAACUAAGGGUUUUCUAGACCAGAACACCAGACAAGCUCUGGAAGCUGUGUAUGCCUCUGAGAGCCGCAUUGAUGAAACGAAAGUUGAUGCACCAUCUAAAGAAGGUGUCAACAUCAGAGUUCACCGUCUGAUGAAUGAAGACGGUACACCUAAAGGAGUGGCUGAGUUACUCUCUGGUUUAGGCAAGUACCGCGAGGGUCGCUUUGCUGGGCUUGUAGAAGCUAAUGACGAAGGUUCAAAAAAAUUCAUUCCAGUAAUAGUUGAUGGAGAUAAACUACCCUUACCAAACCAUCCUGGGCUAGAGGGACGCGAAGUGGCUGGGGUUCUUGUGUUAGCACCCACUGAUAAGAAGAACCAAACGUCAGAGCCCCCAGCCAACACCAGCAGCCCAGAACACAACCUGGUAGAGUCGGCGUCAAAUCCACAGCCAGUAGUGGCAGCGGCAGGCGCCAUUGAAGAACGAGCGGACAGGGAAUGGAACGGUGACCCCAACGGCUGGCGUCCCGUCUGGGACUGACCUAUCUACCAUUAACAAGGCAUCCGAACUUGACCUCUCCUCUCCCUCCCCAUUGCUCCUCGAUGGUUUAUAUUUCCAUCUGAGAGUGAGCUUCUCAGGACAGGGAACGUUAGAGUAUAACAAUGCAGUCUGAGACUCUUAUACCCUCACUAAGUUUAGGGUCCGGCAAACGGGAGCUCCCCAGCCGACGCAUCGCGAGACUCAACUGUCGUCAAUUUACAUAUUUCGUAGCGAGGGCAUUGCCCUCACCAAAGAAAACAAAGAAUUUUGUGAAAUAUCUUUCUUUCGAGUUGUUGAGUGCUGCUUAGCUUUACUCUACUUACUUAAGCUGUACAUAUGUUGCUUUGAUAGAUUUACUGAACAUAUCUUGUUUAGGAUUAAGUAUAUUUUUAGCCAGGAUUAAAAUGAAUUAGUUUUCCGAGGAUAAGUACAGGAGAGAAGUUUCCCCACAUCUCAGGAUCAUCAGUGUUGUGUACAUACUGCCUGCUUAACUUUUCAGCCAGUUCUCUCGCUAACAAGUCGAGGCAAACAAAAUUAUUGUUAAAAAACAAAAUAAAUCUUGGGUUUUGAUUUUAUAUUGAUCCUAAGACAGGCGUUGUCUGAGCCUCACACUUCCUUUUGUAUCGUCUCUCUAAGUAUCCUAUUUAUGUCCUCUCUGGGGCUCUAUAGACGCGUGUAACAUUGCUCAAGUGACUAGGUCUUCCUGCAGGUAGAAUAUUGUUAUCAUCAACAGCAGUUAGUUAGUGUCUCUUGCAUCACCAUGUUUGAUUGUACAGUAAUUUUAUUAUUAAAAGAUAUCAAAAAUA